CUUUUGGUUCUUAUCAGGUGGUUUCCUUUGAAGUGCCAAAGAAUGUAUCAGUUUCUCCUACAUCUUUGCAACCUCCUGUUCCUAGAUAGCUACCACAUCAAGUUGCUUGGAGAUGUGGGGUUCCAGGAUGAAUAUGCUCAAUGGAUAGUGUCAAGCCAAAGAAGCCUUCUUGAAGUCAUGGAGGCUUUCCCUUCAGCUAAACCUCCACUUGGUGUUUUCUUUGCAUCUGUUGCCCCUCGCUUACAACCCAGAUACUACUCAAUUUCUUCCUCCCCUAAAAUGGCACCAGAAAGGAUUCAUGUUACUUGUUCAUUAGUGUAUGAGAAAACACUAUCAGGACGUGUCCACAAAGGAGUUUGUUCCACCCGGAUGAAGCAACCAAAAGGGUAA